AUGGCUAGCUCGGCAGAAAAACGCGUUGGGGCCGCCUGCGAGGAUCUUGCUCGACUUGAGGUUGCGGUGCGCGCCAGGGUGCACGUCGAGGCCGACCAGGCCUUGUGGUCAGUGCUGCAGCGCUCCAUCAGCAGGGCCCUCGACUACGACAUGCGCGUCUGUCCUUGGGAGUAUAUCGAGUCACACGCAUGGAAGCUGGAAGAGGCGUGCUGGAUGGCGUUGGGCGUGCUGCUUUCUGGCCCCCUGGAUGCGCAGGCUCGCGCGCAGGCAAUGCUCCCAGGGGCGCUCGGUGGCUUGGCGCUCGGGCUCCCGACGCGCACGAGGGCGGCGGCAACUUUCCAGGCGACGCACGCGGCGCACGCGCAGGCAGCAGCCCUUCUGUCUGCGAGGCUUCGUCGGCCCCAUAAUGGCCGGCAAGACGACGAGGCUGCGCGUCGUGCUGCCGAGGUGCUUCGGGAUGCAGGCGUGGACGUGCGAGGCGGAGAACCGACGUUCACAAUGGCUGCGCGGCGCCGGUAUGAGGCUGGGCCUUGGCAUAGCGACACCCCCACCAGCGAGGUGUUCAGAUUCCCAGUUCACGCCACGCGGUCUGCUGCGCCGGGGUCUGCCCCUGCGGUUGCGGCAGGACCCCCUCGAGCCCAGCGUGGCCAUGUCCACGGGAGGACGCUGCUCGGCCUGGACGCGCUGGCGGCCACCGAGCUGCACGCCGAGCUGGACGUCCACCGCCAAACCAGCAUGCUCCAAGCAGGCGGCCCUGGGAGCGGCAGCUUCUGGAGCACCGUUCCGGACCGCCCCGCCCUCCGCAUGGCAAAUUCGCAGUGGGCAGUGUCGACGAAGUGCCGCCUCGGCAUUUGCAGGGCGCCGGAGGCUGGCCUGACCUGCGUGCUACAGAACAGAGGGGAUGAUGAGCCUUGCGGCGCGCCGCUCGAUUCCAACUUGCAUCACCCCACUGUCUGUCGCGCGGGCGCGGGCCGACUGAAAAGCCACACUGCCGCGGUGGCGGUGCUCAUGAAGCACUUGCGGGCGACUGGCGCUUUUGUGGCGCUGGAGGCAGCAAUCCCGGAGUUGUACCUCAUCGACGACGACGGCGUGGUGCACGAGCGCUUCAUGGACCUGGUGGUCUGGUGGCCAGGCGGCAGCCGCCGGUACCUGCUGGACGUGACCAUCAGGUCGCUCUUCGCCGCGGGGUUGACCACCCCGCAUCUGCUGCCCGGCGCGGCGGCGCGAGAGGGCGAGAAGGACAAGACGCGGCACUAUAGGGCGGCCCUGCAGGCGCUGGCGACUUUGCACCGUGAGAGUGCAGAGUUCGGGCGCCUCCGCCCGGGCACAACGAACGCCAGCGCCUUGGCCCUCGGCCGCUUGCGCGCUGACCUGGAGGCGGAGGUGGCGCGCCACGCCGCCCAGACGCAGUUGGCCGCGCUGGGGGGCAUGUCGCUCCGGGCGCUGGGCUGGGCCACCAGCGCGCAGCAGUGGCGGCGGAACGACGCGCACGGCAACUGA